AUGGCAGGGAAGGGCGCCAAGGCGACGGCCGCCAAGGCGGCGGAGAAGGAAAAGGGGAAGAAGGCCCCCGGCUCCCGCUCCUCCCGUGCCUGUUCCCAGGAGGAGCCAGUUCCAAAGAAAGAUGUGUAUCAAUUGUUUGCUGAGAAGGUUCGGGAUAACAAGCAGCUGGAAUCGAGAUGGGCUGUCAUGCAAGAAACUCGCGUUGAGUAUUUUCGUGGAAAAGAUUUUACUACCUUCAUCAAGAAUCAUCCAGAAGUUGGGGAAAUUUUAGGGCCGGAUAAAGAUAUGGAAGCUGAAGAUAUUGUCAACACUUUGCUUAUCAAGAACCUCGUAAUAAGGUGUGACCGAGUUUGGAAAACUGUGAGACCAGGAAAGAAAAAGUUAUCAUCCUGGCCUGCUCAUUUGGAGAUACAUCAGGAACAAGUAUUCACUGAAAAUGAUGGUUUUUACGCUUGGAUGUUUCUCAAAAGACGGACCUUGUGGCAGACGAUUCUUUCAUUUAUCUGGCCUGUCUUUGCGUUGGCAGUCUGCUUAUUUCCAGUUUACCCAUACCAAUGCAAGAUUGUGGUACUGUACUCUUGCGCUGGAGCUUUACUGUUCAUUGUAUCCCUGCUUUUGUUAAGAGCUGCCAUCUUUGGCGUACUAUGGGUUCUUCUUGGAAAACGGGUGUGGUUCUUCCCCAAUAUAAAUGCAGAGGAGACCACAUUUAGAGAACUCGUUCGGUUUUGGCCUGUGAAGGAUGAGGGAGAGCGACCAAAGUGGACAUCAAGACUUUUCUAUACUACUGUUGCCUUAUUGGUGAUAUUGCUGCUUAGACAUCACGCUCCAGAUGAAGCAGCUAGAGCGAGGUACCAAAAGAAGGUUUCUAAUAUAAUUGAUGAUGUCCUUGAGUGGUCUCCGAAGUUGGCUCUGUCUGGGAUGAUGGAUAAACAUACUGAGGAUAAUGUGACAGAAACUAGCAAUUACACCAGCCAUGCCACAACGAGUACUGAAGAAUGUACAGAUGCAGCCGAGGAUGAGGAUGCAGAUGAAACCCAAGGUGCUGCUGAUGAUACGAGAACAAGAUCUAGUGAAGUUUAA